AUGCCCUGUCUCCAGCCUGCCGAGCCGUUGCUGGCGCUUCCCUUCUACAGUAUCAAAGGCAGCCUGGCGGCAGGCAUUGGAUCUGCUCUCGCACUGCCCGCCGCGCGGCCCAAUGGCGGGGUCGAGGCGGCCGCCAAGUACACGGCAACCAUGGGAAGCGCAACGAUAGAGGCCGGGAGCCGGCCCAUGAAUGUCAGGGAGAUAUCCGAGAAAGCAAAGCAAUACGACUGGAAUCCCCGAAUUGGCUUCAAGUUCUGGGCGCGCGCUGCCAACACCAUCCAUCAUGAGGGUCAGAUCUACCUCCAAGAAGGAAGCAUAGCGCAAGCUUACAUGUUUCUCCUCCGCUACUGCACCCUCGUGCUCGAGGAUAUGGCGAAGCACCCCGAAGCCAAACUCCCCGAAAACCGAGGGCUGAUGAAGCAACUGAACGCACGCAUAAACACCGUGGUUGAACAGCUUGAACAGCUCAAGCCCCAGAUAGAGGAGGCCUAUGCGAAGUGGCAGCAGCUCACGGCCAGCGUACAAGACAGCAGGGAGAAGCGGCUAUCUACAUCUUCCCAAUACUCCAGACACGCUGCCAGCGACGCUGCUCUGUCAUGGAACCAUCUAUCUCAGGCUAAGAUCCUGGAUGCUGGAUCAAACCAAGAGUUGGCAGUCGACCUUGCUAGGGAGGCGCUGCUUAAGCGACGGAGACGACGACGGCAAGAGAGUGCUGAUGAAGAUGAACGCAUGCACAGGCCUCCAUCAGGUUACAGAGAGGAGAGAGGUUAUGAUGCGGGCAGGAGACAGCAAUAUCCUACUCCACCACCAACGAACCAUCGCUAUUCGGAAGACGAUGACCUUCGCCGGCAAAUGGAGGCCACAAGACGACAAUUGGACCGCUCGGGAGGCUACGGGGUUUCGGAAACUGACAACGGUACCAGCGACACUGACAGCUAUCGAUCCGUCAACUAUCACUACCCAGCCAUCAAACCAACAUCUACUUAUACCUACGACUACCCGAAGCCGGCGUCACGGCCGGAAAGCCCAAAACCACAGCCACCACUUCCGCCCAAGGUGAUCCCCUUUGAGCGACCAGUACCCGUCACCAGACCUCCUCCACCACCUCCACGCCCACGGAAGGGAUCGGGGUCGUUGAACAGAGAUUCAAGGAGGAACGUUAUGCUUCCUAGUCAGACUAUUCGACUACCGAAAGAAGCGAACAAAGUCACCUUCCGCCCCGUCGCCUACCUCGAAAGCGGCGAACCUCUCCGAUCCGUGUUCCUCCCCAGCGGUCUGCGCCGCCGUUUCCUCGAACUAGCCCGUGGAAACACCAUCAGGGAGCUGGAGAUGUGCGGUAUUCUCUGUGGCACGCUAAUCAAUAAUGCCCUGUUCAUCACCUGCCUGCUCAUUCCUGAACAAGAGUGCACCUCGGACACAUGCGAGACCAUCAACGAGGAAGCGUACGUCACGUACUGCAUCGAGAACGACUUGCUCGUCCUCGGAUGGAUCCACACUCAUCCGACGCAGACGUGCUUCAUGAGCUCGAGAGACUUGCAUACCCAUGCCGGAUACCAGACCAUGAUGAAGGAGAGCAUUGCCAUUGUUUGUGCGCCGAGAUAUGAUCCCUCAUACGGUAUCUUCCGCCUCACGGACCCUCCUGGUCUCCCACACAUCAUCAACUGCAACUCCCCCGGCGUCUUCCAUCAGCACGCCAUUCCCUCAGACGAGAUUUACUGUAGUGCCCGUCAUGCACCAGGGCACGUGUUUGAGUCAAGCAGAGUUGACUUUGAGGUAGUGGAUCUGAGGCCUGAGGGGUCCAAGGUGCCGCCGUUCAAGAGGUAUUAGUGAUCACCCU